UCAGUCUUGCACAGGUGUACUGGCUCCUCCCCUUCAGUAUUGCACAGGUGUACAGGCUCCUCCCCUUCAGUCUUGCACAGGUAUACCGGCUCCUCCCCUUUAGUCUUGCACAGGUGUACUGGCUCCUCCCCUCCAUUCUUGCACGGGUGUACUGGCUCCUCCCCUUCAGUCUUGCACAGGUGUACCGGCUCCUCCCUUUCAGUCUUGCACAGGUGUACUGGCUCUUCCCCUUCAGUCUUGCACAGGUGUACCUGCUCCUCCCCUUCAUUCUUGCACAGGUGUACUGGCUCCUCCCCUUCAGUCUUGCACAGGUGUAUCGGCUCCUCCCCUCCAGUAUACCGGCUCCUCCCCUUCAGUCUUGCACAGGUGUACCGGCUCCUCCCCUUCAGUCUUGCACAGGUGUACCGGCUCCUCCCUUUCAGUCUUGCACAGGUGUACUGGCUCUUCCCCUUCAGUCUUGCACAGGUGUACCGGCUCCUCCCCUUCAUUCUUGCACAGGUGUAUCGGCUCCUCUCCUGCACUGAAAUGGCUUCCUCUGAUGUCACUGUACACUGGGAGCUUCUCAUAAUGUGC